AUGGAUCCCACACUGCAGCACCUUCUGGAGGCCAGUAUCCAGCAGCAGACGGUGACACAGCAGCUCACCCACAGCCUACAAGCUGUGACGCAAGAACUAGUGGCUUUGAGGACAGCGGCUCCCGCAGCCACUACGCCCCUCCCUGAUCCUGGCCAUGACAUCGACACCUACCUCGAGACCUUUGAGGGCGUCGCCCGCCGCGAAGAGUGGGAUCGCGAUGAGUGGCCACGCAUCUUCGGCCCGCUGCUUUCCCGGGAGGCACACACGGCCUAUUACUCCCUCUCUCCGGAGGAAGCAGCUGACUAUGGAGAGGUAAAGAGAGAGAUCCUGGCAUUGUGUGGGCGAAACCUGCUCCAGGCAGCGGCGGAGUUCCACCGGUGGCGCUACAGUCCGGGAGCCAAGCCAUGUGGACAGAUGGACACCCUCCUGCGCUUCACCAAGAGGUGGCUCCAGCCUGACAUGCACUCUGCCACCGAGGUUGUAGAGAGGGUGGCUGUGGACUGGUUCCUAAGGACCUUGCCACCCACAGAACGCCAGGCCGAAGAACGAGUGCAACAGGCCUACCUGGCCCAAGGCGAGGUGGAUGCCAGAACGGAAGGUAAGCUGCACACACAUUCUAACCCGCUCUCAUCUGUGUUCCAGCAGGUAAACCAGCAGGGGAACUUUGGCCGAGAGCAGAAAGAGGACAGCCACUUGAAGUAUUGCUGGGCCCAGGUGCGCCAGAUCGAAGGGGUCGACCAGAGCUCGAACCAUAGACUCCCUUCCUCUUACUUUCUGGUCAAAGGAGGCUUACUGUACCACCGGACCAACCGCCGAGGGGAGACCGUGGACCUCUUGUUCGUGCCCAAAGCCAGAACGCAGGCCCUGAUGCACCUGGCCCAUGCCCAUCCGCUCGGGGGCCACCUGGGGGCGAGAAACAACCUGGAGAAGCUGAAGGACCGUUUUGUCUGGCCAGACAUGGAUGCAGAGGUCCGGUACUUCUGCCAACAAUGCCCCCAGUGCCAACGCAUGGCCCCAAGGAAGCCCCCACCAGCACCACUCAUCCCGCUUCCCAUCAUAGGCAUCCCGUUUGAGAGGAUCGGCAUGGACCUUGUCGGGCCACUCCCACGAUCCGCUCGAGGGCACGAGUACAUAUUGGUAAUCGUGGACUAUGCCACCAGAUACCCCGAGGCGGUACCCCUGCGUAAAGCCACCUCCCGGAACAUCACCAAAGAACUGGUGCUCCUGUUCAGCCGUGUGAGGAUCCCAAAAGACAUCCUAACUGACCAAGGUACCCCGUUUGUGUCAAAGCUUAUGUCUGAUCUGUGUCGGCUGUUGCAGGUGAAACACCUAAAGGCAUCAGUCUAACACCCACAAACGGAUGGGCUGGUCAAACGGUUCAACCGGACCUUAAAGCAGAUGUUGCGCCAGGUGGUAGACGAGGAAGGGAGGAACUGGGACCUCCUCCUGCCAUACGUCCUCUUCACCGUCCGAGAGUGCCCCAAGGCAUCCACAGGCUUCACACCCUUCGAGCUUCUCUUUGGAUGGCGGCUGCAUGGACUGCUGGACGUGGCACAGGAAGCCUGGGAAGAACAGCCUUCCCGUUCUGCUCGGUCAUCGAGUAUGUACAGGAGAUGCAGGAGAAGAUCGACCGAGUGGCCCCGAUCGUCCAGGAGCAUAUGAGAGCCGCCCAGGAGGAACAGAAACGAGUCUAGAAACGAGUCUACAACCGCCCAGCACAACCCCGCGAGUUCCAACCUGGUGAUUGGGUACUCCUGCUAGUACCCAGCAGCUCCUGCAAAUUCCUAGCUCGGUGGCAGAGCCCAUAUACAGUCCUCGAGAGGGCUGCAGCAGCCUGGCAUGACGCAGCUGGUACAGCAUGAAAUCAAGACUCAGCCG